UCAAAGUCUCUGUGUGAAGCCCGUCAGGUUCCCUCCUCGUACUCCUCUUCAAACUGUAAUGAAAGCACUUCCCACGUUGCUUUACAUCGACUUCUUGGCUCUAAUCUGCUUUUUGUCCACCUUUCACCUUCAAUACUCACCAACAACUCUCUCUCUCUCUCUCUCAAAUCCAUACCCUUCUGUUAAACUCGUUCUCAGCCUUUUCAAUUCGUGAAAAAGAACCAUUUUUGCAGUUUGCAACAGACAUUUCUCUCACUUCAUGGCACUUCCUCCCAAGCAAACAGAAGCCUCUUCAGCCCAUACCCCGCUUAGAGUAGACUCACACCAACAUGAAGAAGUACUAGACGACACCCAACUUGACCACUCCCUUCUCCGAUUAGAAACCUUUCUCAGAAUCUUUGGCUUCUGCCAGUUCUCUUUUAUAAGCUUCACCCUCUCGUGGGUUUCAUUUCUUCUCCUGGGUGUUGCACUUCCACUUGCUUUGAUCGAGCGUUCUUAUUGUUCUGAUUGCGAGAAGUAUGAGAUCAAAAGCUUUGAGAUUGAGAUUCUGGUUUCUGAGUCUCUAGUGGCAGCCAUUUCUCUACUAUGCAUUUCUCAUAACCUUCGCAAGUAUGGUGUUAAAAAGUUCCUGUUUGUCGAUCGGUACCAUGGUAAUAUGGCACAGUUUCGCGAAGAAUACUUGCAGAAGAUCAAUGGUUUCUUCCGCUUGUUGGCAGUGUGGCUAUUACCAUGCUUCCUUUUGAAGACUGCUCGUGAGGUCAUUCAUAUGUUCUAUGUGCACAAUGACUCAUGGUGGCAAUCCACUGCUACAUUAUUUGCCUUGCUGGUAUCAUGGACGUAUUCAGCCAUAAUCUAUCUAUCAGGCGCAGCUCUUUUCAAUUUGGUGUGCAACUUGCAAGUAAUACACUUUGAAAACUAUGGGAAGCUUCUAGAAAGCGAUCUGGAUGUUUCUCUGUAUAUAGAGGAACACAUUCGACUCAAGCAUCAUCUAACCAAAAUUAGCCACAGGUUCCGAAUAUUUCUUCUUCUGGAGUUCUUAUUCGUGACGGCUAGUCAAUUUCUGGCUCUAGUAGAAACCACAGGAAAUAAAGGAAUUAUCAACUUCUCCAAUGGCGGCAAUUUUGCAGUCUGCUCUAUUGUUGAGCUGGUUGGGAUAAUAAUCGUUCUGCAGUCAGCUGCAAAGAUUUCACAUAGAGCUCAAAGUCUUGCAUCAGUUACAACCAGAUGGCAUGCUUUGCUUACAUGCAACUCUGAUAAUGCAUCUCAAAUGGGAAUUUCAAAUAAUGGCAGAAGCAUGGAAGCCGCUAUUCCAGCAGGUCCAUUGCUUAUAAAUUACUCAGAAAGUGAUCUGGAAUCGAUCGAUUAUGUCCCAGUGCCCACAAAUAGUCAACUGGCUUCAAACAUGUCCCUGUACCAUAAAAGACAAGCUCUCGUUAUGUAUAUGCAGUCCAACCUUGGGGGGGUGACCAUAUUCGGAUGGACAAUUGAUAGGGCACUUCUAAAUACAAUUUUCUUUAUUGAGCUCUCACUUGUUCUUUUUGUACUGGGGAAGACCAUAACUUUCACUACCAAAUGACAGUGUUAACACAGAUUCCGCCGGGAGGACUGUUGCGCGCUUUGCAUUCCAUUUCAAAUGGAAUUGAUGUUUGACAUAUAAUAGUAUUGCAAUUUGCUGCUAGGUGUGGUAGGACUAUCAGAGAUGAAGUCAAUUUCACAAACAGAUUGAUUCUAUUUUCCAGAGUAAUGAAGGUCUCCUGUAUCAUUUCCGCAGAAUUCAUCUUCUCUCUUAGGCUAGUGUACUGGUCCUGGGCUGUAAUUUCCCAGUAUCUUCUUACAAUUUCCUCAAAGAUGGGCAAUAUACAUUUAGGGUGUGUUUGGAUGUUGAGUUGAGUUGAUAAAAUAUUGUUAGAAUAUUAUUUUUUAAUAUUAUUAUUAUUUUGGGAUUUGAAAAA